AUGCUCCAGAGCACACUCGGGUCGGCUCAACGCUUCAAGAAACGGGAACGCACACAGAAUUGGGCCUACGAGGAGAAGCACUUCCUGCUGGAGUUAUGCCGCAAGGAUAUGCACAUCAUCGAGAAUAAGCGGCUGGACAGUGCACUGACUUCGUUGAAGAACCGCGCCUGGAAGAUUAUCCAUCAGCAGUUUGCGAUCGCCUUCGGUACCGACCGCAACUGCAACCGGCUGAAGGAGCAGUGGCGCCGCAUGAAAGCGUGCACACGUGCCGAAAUGCUCGAUUACCAACAGCGCAUCCAGCGAUACGGUCAGGAAGUGGCAGAUCGGAAGAAGCCCAGCCAGUUUACGUUCGAGAUCUGGGAAUUUAUGCAGGAGGCGAAAAAGGUGUGCAAAAACGAACUGAUGGACGACGUCGACUAUUCCAAGAUGAAGCUGUCGCUGGAGGAGAACCUACCGCAGGGCGUGUCGAUCAAGGAAUGCAGCGACGAAAACGACGAGGAAAGCUCGUCGAUGUGGGAUAAAAAUUCGCAAAACCUAUGCGAAGUACAAAUCAAAGAGGACUCAAUGGAGGAAGGUGACGACUAUGACAAGGGACGACCGGCCAAGUUUGCCCGGUUGGGUGGCCUACCGAGUUCGUCGCCUUACUCCGCCGAAAACGCACAUACCAAAUUCAACGAACUGCUGGCCAGCAGUUUCGCAAGUCGACUGAACGAGCAUCUGAGCAAUAACAACAACAAUAGCAAGAGUGUCGAUCUGGACAGUUACAGCCGAACGUUCGGCAGCGACACCAAUGCACCCGUUGUACCUGUGAACAUGUCCCAAACCGAUCUGACCAACACGUUGGAGGCGCUCAGCAUCCUGAAGAAUCGCUUCAACCGACUGAAUGAGCUUGGACAGUGGAAAAACGCUUUCCACGAGGCUGAGAAUCUCAGCACCAACAGCAAUAGUCACAACGAUCAUCAGCAUCAGCCGGCACAGGCCCACCAACAUCAGCCGCUUCCGCAACCGCCGCCCCAUGUACUCCCACAACAAAGAGGAGACCUCCAGCAGCAACCCAGUUCCCCUAUUCCGGUCAGUACGUGUGCCACCAACAGUAGUGGCCUUCUGCAGAAUUCGAAGCUGGCCGAGCAGCAUCAGCACAGCGAGCACGAAUUGCGGAUGGAAAUAUUAAAAACUGAUCUCGAGACGGCUAAAAUCAAUAAAGAAACCGCAGAAAUUAACCGACAAAUUGCACUUCAAAAGCUAAACAGCCUGAACAGUUGA